AAAAAACAUGUCACAUCUCUAACUUCCCACUCAAAACAAACCCACCGCCGCAAAAAUGCACCACCUCCGCCGCCGAUUCCACCUCCUCCUUCUCCUCGUCUCUCUCUCCCCCUCUCUCACCAUCUCUCUAAACAAAGAAGGCCUCUACCUCCAAAAGGCGAAGCUCAAUUUCGACGAUCCAAAUGCCGCCCUCUCCAAUUGGAAUCCCGACGACGAAACCCCAUGCAACUGGAACGGCGUCGUUUGCGAUUCCUCCUCCUCCUCCGUCGUCUCGCUCGAUCUCUCCAGCUCCAGCCUCUCCGGCCCCUUCCCCUCCGUCCUCUGCCGCCUCGAUCGCCUCUCCUCCAUCUCCUUCUACGACAAUUUCAUCAAUUCCACUCUCCCCGACGACGAUCUCGCCGCCUGCCUCGCUCUCGAGCACCUCGAUCUGGCGCAGAACUACCUCACCGGCGCUCUCCCGCGCAGGAUCGCGGAGCUACCGAGGUUGAAGUAUCUCGAUUUGACCGGUAACAACUUCUCCGGAGAAAUUCCGGCGAGCUACGGAACCUUCCAGAAGCUCGAGGUGCUAGCAUUGGUGGAGAAUCUGCUGGAAGGCGUAAUUCCGCCGUUUUUAGGUAACAUUUCGACGCUGAAGAUGUUGAAUCUGUCUUAUAACCCGUUUUCGCCGGGUCGGAUCCCGCCGGAGCUCGGGAAUCUGACUAAUUUAGAGGUGAUGUGGCUGACUCAGACGAGUCUCAUCGGCGAGAUACCUGACUCGCUGGGUCGACUCAGUAGACUCGUUGAUUUGGACCUGGCUUACAACGCGUUGUCCGGCUCGAUACCGAGUUCGAUCACCGAGUUGACGGCGCUGGUUCAGCUCGAGCUCUACAACAACUCCUUGAGCGGUGCGCUACCAAGCGGCGGGUGGUCGAACAUGACGGCGCUGCGGCGGCUCGACGCGUCAACGAAUGAGUUGAGCGGUGGAAUUCCGGUGGAGUUGUGCGAAUUGCCGCUUGAGUCGUUGAAUCUCUAUGAGAACAAUUUGCGCGGCGAAUUGCCGGCUGCGAUUGCUGAGUCUCCGAAUUUGUAUGAAUUGAAGCUUUUCCGCAACCAGUUGUCGGGGGAAUUGCCUUCCGAUCUCGGCAGAAACUCGGCGUUGUGGUGGAUCGAUGUUUCGACUAACAAUUUUUCCGGUCGGAUUCCGGACGGUUUAUGCUCCAACGGCGCUCUCGAAGAGCUGUUGCUGAUUGAGAACUCAUUUUCCGGCGAAAUUCCAGCAAGUCUCGGCGAGUGUCGGAGCCUGCUGCGGGUAAGGUUAGGUCACAAUCGUUUCUCCGGCGAGGUACCGGCGGCAUUUUGGGGGCUUCCUCACGUGUCAUUACUCGAGCUGAUGGGGAACUCAUUUUCCGGCGUAAUUCCGAAAACUAUUGCCGGAGCGUCGAACUUAUCUCAGUUGAUUUUAUCGGUGAACAGAUUUUCCGGAAAUCUGCCGAAGGAGAUAGGAUAUCUGGAGAAUCUGUUGGAGAUUUCCGGCAAUGACAACGAGUUUUCCGGCCCGUUGCCGGUCAGCGUAGUGAAUCUCGGGCAAUUAGUGAAGCUCGAUCUUCACAACAAUGCAUUUUCCGGUGGAAUUCCCAAGGGUAUUGAUUCAUGGAAGAAGCUAAACGAGCUGAAUUUGGCAAACAACGAAUUUUCCGGUGAAAUCCCCGGCGAAAUCGGGGAAUUAUCCGUUCUAAACUAUCUGGAUUUAUCGGGAAACAGAUUCUCCGGUGAAAUCCCUACUACGUUGCAGAAUCUGAAGCUCAAUCGUCUCAAUUUCUCGUAUAAUCAUCUCAGCGGCCACAUUCCCCUGGAUUACACCAAAGAAAUGUACAGAGACAGCUUUCUUGGAAACUCGGAGCUAUGCCAAGAAAUUGAGGGAUUAUGCAACCGCAAAGAAAUGAAAAACAAGGGCUACAUUUGGUUUUUCAGAACACUAAUUGCUCUAGCUGGAAUUCUACUCAUAUGUGGCAUAGUUUGGUUCUAUAUCAAGUACAAGAAAUUCAAUGAAGUGAAGAGAAAUCUCGACCGUUCGAAAUGGACGUUGAUGUCUUUCCACAAGCUCGGAUUCACCGAGAGUGAGAUAUCGGAAGCUCUGGAUGAAGACAACGUGAUUGGGACAGGGGCGUCGGGGAAGGUCUACAAGGUGGUGCUGAGCAAUGGAGAGGCUGUGGCCGUGAAGCGGCUGUGGGGGCAGUCGAAGGCGGGGGCGGACGUGGAGAGAGGGGCCAUUCAGGAUGAUGGUUUUGAUGCAGAGGUUGAGACUCUGGGGAAGAUUAGGCACAAGAAUAUAGUGAAGUUGUGGUGUUGUUGCUGCACAAGAGAUAGUAAACUCUUGGUUUAUGAGUAUAUGCCUAAUGGGAGUUUAGGGGAUUUGAUGCACAGCACAAAGAGUGGGUUGUUGGAUUGGCCGAUUCGGUUUAAGAUCGCCCUCGAUGCGGCUGAGGGACUGUCGUACUUGCACCACGACUGCGUCCCUCCGAUCGUCCACCGCGACGUGAAGUCGAACAACAUACUGCUCGAUGCUGAGUACGGAGCUCGUGUGGCCGAUUUUGGGCUGGCCAAGGUGGUGGAUGACGCUAGCGGGAAGGGCACCAUGUCGAUGUCCGUCAUCGCCGGCUCGUGCGGCUACAUCGCCCCUGAGUAUGCGUACACGCUUCGAGUGAACGAGAAGAGCGACAUCUACAGCUUCGGUGUAGUGAUUCUUGAGCUGGUGACCGGGAGACUCCCCGUGGAUCCUGAGUUUGGCGAGAAGGAUCUUGUGAAGUGGGUGUGUUGGACGCUGGAUCAGGAGGGCGUCCUCGGUGUGAUCGACCCGAAACUCGAGUCUUGUUAUAGGGACGAUGUCUGCAGAGUGCUGAACUUGGGGCUGCUCUGCACGAGCUCGCUCCCUAUAAGCCGGCCCUCCAUGAGGCGUGUGGUGAAGAUGAUGCAGGAGAUCGGGAGCCGGAGCUUGCACAAGAACGUUGCCAAAGAAGGGAAGCUGACGCCUUAUUACUAUGAAGAAGGCUCGGAUCAUGGAAGUGUGGCAUGAUGAUGAUAGUUUGGAUUGGAUUGUUGUAUGCAUUUUGCAACUAGUUUUGAAUGAGUCUUGCUUUGUAUUCUUUGCCACCCAAAUUUCAUUGUUUCUUGACAGUGGUAGUGAUAGAUUAUCAUUAUAUCAAGGUAACAUUAUAUCUCA